UUGGUAUAUUCAUUCUAACCAAACAUUGCCGCAGAAUCGCCCUGUUGGAGGACAUUCCACAAAUCCACCGCCAAUUCUCGACUUUGAAUUGAUCGACAUCCCUAACGAAUGCUCGCUCUGGAUUCAACUUUUGGAACGAGCUCCGUUCAGACUUCAGGAACGGCAUCAGUCAUGGAUUCGAAGGUACUGGCAUUUCCUAUACAAAGGAGAAUGGGAGUUUCUGGGUUCGGGUUGGGUGUUUGCGUCAUUUUCCUUGCACUCACUGCGCUCUUACUCUACAAUUCUGCCAAGAAUCCUGAAGCGGCAUCGUUGUUUCGAGGGUUUGGUGAUGGUAGUGCUAAAUUUAUUUCUUGGCCCUUCUCAUUUUCAAGCUCUGGCUCCUCUCACAACGGAUAUCAGGGCGAUCUGGACCGACAAUCGGCGGAGAAAAAUGUAUCAGGGGUUUCCGGAGAGGAAGAAUUGAAGGAGGUCAGUGGAGGAGUGGUUUUGGAGAGAACGGAUUUGGGGUAUUUCACUGACGAGGGUAUGAAUGCGAGUGUCGGUGUUGUAGAAGGAACCCUAAAAGCAAAUGAAACUGUUGGUGCCAAAAAAAGAGACUCGUCGGGUUCCAAUGAAAAAGUAGUAGUUAAUGGGGAUAGCCAUUUGGGAAACUUCUCUGAGGCGGUUAAAAAUGGAAGUUCGCUUGGUAUUGUGGAAGGAGCGGCUAAUGGGAGUCUCAGCAUUCCUGGGAAUGUAGAUAUGGAUUCAGGAAAAACUGUUGAAGGUAAACUAGUUGAUAAUUCCAGUGAUAUGUACAAUAAUGUUACAGGAAAUAAUAACAAUGGACAGCUUGAAACAUCCCCUGCUGGAGAAGAUCAGUCUUUGAGGGUGAAUAAUCAAGGAAAUUCAACUGUCCGAAUCCCCAAUUAUGAUGAUUCUCGACCUAGUAGUGUGCAUGAUGGUGCUUAUGAGACAUGUGAUAUAUUUGAUGGUAGAUGGGUGUGGGAUGAGUCAAAGCCAUAUUAUCCCGCUGGUUCUUGUCCUCACAUUGAUAGAGAUUUUGAUUGUCACAUAAAUGGCAGGCCAGAUGGUGGAUAUAUGAAAUGGAGUUGGAAGCCAAAUGGGUGUGAUAUCCCAAGACUGAAUGCAAGUGAUUUUCUCGAGAGAUUAAGAGGAAAGAGGCUGGUUUUUGUGGGGGACUCAUUGAAUAGGAACAUGUGGGAGUCGCUGGUGUGCAUCCUCCGCCAUAGUAUCCAAAACAAGAAAAGAGUUCAUGAGAUUUCUGGGAGAAGAGAAUUUAAAAAGAAGGGUAUCUACGCUUUCAGAUUUGAGGACUAUAAUUGUUCCGUAGAUUUUGUGGUUGCUCCAUUUCUGGUCCGAGAGUCUGUCUUUCGAGACAGAAAUGGAUCGUUUGAGACACUUAGAUUGGAUUUGAUGGACCCAACAACUUCUAAGUACCAUGAUGCUGAAUAUAUUGUCUUCAAUACAGGCCACUGGUGGACGCAUGAAAAAACUUCUAGAGGGGAAAACUACUACCAAGAAGGUAACUUUGUUCACCCUAGACUUAAGGUACUAGAAGCAUAUAAGAGGGCACUCACUACGUGGGCCACAUGGGUUGACAGGAAUAUCGAUAGCAAUAGAACUCAGGUUUUCUUCAGAGGAUAUUCGGUGACGCAUUUCAGAGGGGGGCAAUGGAACUCAGGAGGACAAUGCCACAAGGAAACCGAACCAAUUUUUAAUGAAUCUUACCUAGCUAAGUACCCUUCAAAAAUGAGAGCCUUAGAACACACACUUCGAAAAAUGAAAACUCCUGUUGUAUAUCUCAACAUAAGUCGGCUUACCGACUACAGAAAAGAUGGCCAUCCAUCUAUUUACCGAAUGAAAUACCAGAGAGUUGAAGAGCAAAUUGCUGCUGAAAGACAUCAAGAUUGCAGUCAUUGGUGCAUACCUGGGGUACCGGAUGCUUGGAAUGAGUUGCUGUAUGCUACUGUCUUGAAGGUUAGGAGAUCUUGAAUCAUCAAUCUGAGCGAGGUUUUACGCGAAUGACAUUUACUUGGUGAUUGAUUCAUUUUUCUUUUUCAUUUCUUUCUGAGAAGUUUGAGUGUAUUCUAAGAUUCUGAUUAGGGUCAAUGGUGUGAUGCUGAAAUUGAUCAGCGAGUAUAGCAAGCUCAGUUUCUGUAAAGAGGGCAGCCAUUAUGUAUAUCAGGUGUCAAGCGGACGACAAUGAAACUGUACAAUGUACUUGUAUAUCAUUGAUAAAUGAUAAAUUUUUCUGCAAUUGCAAUUAAAGUACUAAAAAUUGUA